AUGGGUUUGAAGGGCGGUGACAGGGGAGGAAGUAGUGGCAAGGCUCAGCUUGAUGCUGUUCAAACGGAGCCAUCGGCUACGAAGGGGGUAUUCCUUGACUUCCUGUGGCCGCCGCAAGCACUCGCCUGGCUACGGCGGAAACAGACACAGCCAUUGCAGCGAUGGGAGAGGCGGAACAUGUCUAGGCUACCCCGUGGAUAUGUUCUCGCCUCCAAGAGGUACGCAUCUGAUACCUACCGUCCGCUUGCAGAGGAAACCCCAAAGGCGGGUAGCACUCCGAAGAACAGCAAGAGCUUGGAGCCUAGGUCGGCGCAGUAUGCCCAUGACAGAGUUUUUGAGAAAGCAGCGGGCUUCGAAGUGCCUAUAGCGUACACGCCGUUUCAGCCUGUCGCGACAGAGCGUACUCGAACAGAUAUGGGAAGGCGAACGCCCCAUGAUAGAUGGCUUCAAGCGCAUGAUGACACCCCUGAAUAUGUAUCAGACUUUGACAGCUGGAAUGCAAAAAAACGACAGAAGAAGACACGUCGAAAGGGAGGAUCAGUGACUCGGCCGGCGUUUGAGUCCAAGCGAGGUGCAGAAACUGGGUUCUCGGAUCUUCCGGGAGAGCUUGCUGAAGAGGAACUACAACGCGAAAACAUGGCAUCGUAUGGAAAUAGCGUUGAUACGCAAGUUCGGCCAUCGGACUUGCCCGCAGCUGCUGAGAAGGACGACAACGAUGUGCGGUUCUCUACCACAAGAGGGUUUGGGCUUGACUUUGAGAAUGCCCGUCAGUCCACCGAAUCUCCGUCUGAACACAUCUCGCAGGACCCGUCCGCGGAGCUUCCGAGGGAGAAUACGGAGUCGCCGCGAAAUGCGAAGAUUGGAUAUGGUCUCGAUGAGGCAAAGACUGACCAUUCCUCGGAUUACACCCCUGAGCAUAUUUUCGGCGACUCUCCUGCCGACCUUGCCGAGAUGAGAGCCGACCCAAUGCAGGUGUUGCGCAACAUUAUCGCAUCGAGCUACGAUGAAGCGACCCGUCCUAGUCCUGUGGAGAGCCGUUUGCGAACCGACAAGGCAUGGGCAAUCUACAAGUCCUUGGACCAAGAAGCGCAACUUGACGUCCGGCUGAAGCAAGAGCUGUUGGUCUGGCUGUCGACGCAGCCAAGCGAGACUGCAGUCAGCCAUUGCGCGGAGCUGUACCACUCCAUUCCCAAGUCCAGCAGAUCUUUCGAAGUCUACAAGGCCGGACUUGCCUUCUUUGCCAAACACGGUGACCUCAGCCGCGCACUGGAUCUGCACCAAGAUGCCCUUGAAAACCUGGAGAACGGCUACUUAAUCUCCCGAAUGCUAUUUGAGCAUGCCAUCACUGAGAGCAUGUGGCAACUCGCUAUGGACACUGCAGUCCAACACAACUCCACUUACACGGACAUAGGUCAGCUUAGCCAGGUGAAAGUGUUCUGGCUGCAUGUUUCUGAGACGCCAAAGCUACUGGAGAAGGCCGCCCAACUCACUGCCCACCUCGGCGAUAUCGAUGGCUUGCGGUCAGCUUCACCGGAGUAUAGGAACUUCUGCUUUCGCUUUUUCAAGGAGGCAGUAUCUCAGGAGUUUUUGCAGGUUGAGAAUGAUUCUGCAGCAUAUCCAAGCAUGAAAACGGCCCGCCCGCCUCCACGUCGACACAUCCGAACGAUCUUCCAGCAUAUCAUGGAUAUGGAUCCAGCUCCCGCAAAAUUCGCUGAGGACUUCUUGAUUUCAGCUCUUCGCCGGUCUUCGUCCCUCCAUUACAGCAGGUAUCACCAGGUUUUCUCCUACAUCUACCGACAAUAUUGCGCAACACCUGGCGUGAGGCCGUCUGGGGAGCUUCUGUAUACCUUCCUGGGACAAGUUGGCAGGUAUUGGCAAUCCAAACCAGCAGAGUACCACAGCCACAACAGCGUCGACGUUGACACUCUCAUAAGUGACUGGAAACAAUACUACGGCAAGCUGGGCACCAAAGCCAUCAAUCUUCUCCUCUCGCAAUACGCAAGAUUUGGUGAAACAGAGAGAUUCGAAUCUCUGUUAGAAUACCAGCGCUCUGUUUACCCAGUGUACGAAGACCAACGCGAUUCGCUAUGGACCCUGAUUUACCUUCACGCCCGCCGAGCUGAUCUUGACGGAGCCCAGCAAGCCUUCUCAGAAGUCCAGCGAAUCAAUGCGGAGCACGAUGAAAAGCCUACACUCCAAUGCUGGAAUGUACUCCUGCAUGCUCACAUGCGGGUCGAUGACCUCGAAGGCGCAAUGACGAACUUUUACAACAUUGUCACUCACACAAAGCUACAACCAGACUCUUACACCUUCUCGCCCUUGUUCUUCAUGGUCGCGCAGCGCGGGGAUGUUGACGGGUUGGAAGAUUUGUACGAACAGUAUGAUCGGCUCGCGGGAGAAAGGCGGACGACUGACAUGAUGCUCUCGUUGAUGCAUGCGCACUUUCGAAAUGAUGACAACGCUGAAGGAGCUGAGAAGGUCCUCCAUCAAGUGAUUUCGGACAGGGCUGAAGGAGAGGUCGUGGGUGAACUCACUGCCUGUUUCAAUGCUCUGAUGGGAUUCUAUGCGACACGCCGAGAUAUCGAUGCCACAAUGCGCGUCUAUCGCUGGAUGCGGAGUGAGAAGGUCCCACUCGACGGCGAGACUUUUGGCUCCUUGAUGCAAGCACUGCUCCAUUACCGGCGGUCUGAUUCGGCGUUCAAGAUCUUGAACGACAUCAUGCCUGAGCAUCACAUCCAACCCACAGCAUAUCAUUAUGCGCUCUUGAUGGCAGGCUUGACAAAACAGCACUCGUACCAGCAGGCACUUGAUGUGUAUCAAAAGAUGCAGAACGUGGGCAUCAAGCCGACUCUUGGUACCCGCAUCAACUACCUGAAGGCCAAAGCUGGGCUUGAGAUGCGCGCCGCGGACGGCAAAUCUACCGAGGAACUAGAAAAUUCAGUACCUCUAGAAGACACGCUCAAGGAGCUUCAGCAUCUGGCGUCACAGGACAACGCAAAGGAUAUUGCAUCUGGUGAGCCAAUCAAGGUUUCCGACAAGCUGGAUCUCGACGACCCGCUCGCGCCGUACUUUGACUUCUUGAUCUACAUUCACGGCGAGCGGAGAUGUUUCGAAGCGGCUAAGACGCUGUCCGAGCAGUAUCACGACAUGUCUGGCAAGGGCAAGCGUGGUGAGACCGUUUCGAUACGCAUGCUGAGCGCGCUCAUGUCGGCACAAUAUCACGCCAAUGAGCAUGACCAGGUGGAGGAAUACUGGAAGCUUGCCAGGCAGCAGGCAGACGAACUCGCGCGUGUUGUCAAGAUUCCCCAGUUCGUUCCACCUCCGGACGAGUCUGAGAAUGAGCCCGAUCCUCUCCAGCUGGAGCCAGCGGAUCAGCCGGAGCAAGAUGAGCCUGACACCUCCAUGCAACCCGCCGAGGGUGCGAGACAAGACCCAGCACAAUCGACCGCAGCGCCCAAGCAGAUUCUCGACACCAACAAAAAGCCUUCUCGACCUCAGCUCUCUCUAGCCCGGCGACACAUCCUCGACCGACCUCUUCAAUGGUACAUCCGCACCCUGUCCUCCCAAGCCCGCAUCGGCGAUACCAUCAAACUCGUCUCCCAGCUCCUCUCACAAGGCUAUACCCUCGGCAAACGCACCUGGAACCUCUUCAUCUGCAGCCUCCUCGACACCCGCCCGCCCCUCGCCCUCCUCGCCUUCGUCCUCACCGAGCGCUACAUGAUCCCGCACUUCGGCGGCUGGGCCCGCAACACCACCCGGCCCCCUCAACCGCAGAGUCGCUUCCAGCGGCUGGAGCGCAUGCAGGCGCGGUAUGUCAAUCGUCAGCAGAUCAUGCCCGAGUACCAGACUUUUGUUCGACUGGGCGCGGCGAUGCUGGAUCUGAGGAGGAUGGAGUCUGCGAAUCGGAAGCGUGGGGAUGAUGAGCUGCCGAGGGAGUUGAGGAGGUUUGUGGGCUCGACGAGGGAGAUUAGGGCCAGGGCGGCGCGGACGGUAUAUGCUGUGCAGAGUAUGCCUGCGGUACCUGAUGAUACGCAGGCGAGGUAUUUGGGAUCGGGUGGACGGUAG